AUCUUGUACAAAUUACAAAAAAUUUUCUUUUACAGUUGCAGUAAUGCUUUCACAGGGCAAUGCAUUGAAAACCGUCUCUGAAAUUAGUACCAAGUCAUGCACAGACACGAGAGGGAUGAUUUGUAUUCUCCCAGCAAAAAUCAAUUGCACGAAUUCCUGCAUGAGUAAUGAUACACUGAUUUGUCUUCAGUGCAAAGUGGAGGAUAUUCAGACAAUCAAACAAGGACAAACUCUAGCUAAACAGCUUACUGACACCUGCUCUGAUUCUAGAAUGACGUGUUACGGCGAAACCAGGUUGCACAAGCAUAUAUUAAACUGGAACAAAGACAAGCUGUUGGAUACAUGCAGUAAACCCCUUACUAUACAACAGGGGCAUUUUCCAGUAUACAGUGAUAUAAGUGACACAAUAACAUUCUCCGAAAAUACAAAAUGCACAGGAAAUCCAGAGUGUCCCAGGAAACAGUACGAAUCUAGUGAACUAACUAUGGAUUACAAGAAUUUUAUAAAUGGAACAUUUCCUUGCGAGAGUCCCGAAACCAGAAAUGGAGGAAUUCUGAACGAUGUAUCAAAGAACACACUAGUCUUCUAUACAGUCCUUUGCUUUUCAUAUUACAACAUGUUUGUUUUUUAAAAGAAGAUGCGUGAGCAAGGCGUGCAAAAUGCAUAAUUUAUAAAAAUUCACAUGUAUCAAAAAAUUAAAUUCAAUUUUCGAGCAAAGAUGUGAUUGUUGAAAGGUAUGAAAUCAUUACAAACAAAACUUUUUUGCGUAAAUAUCCUCCCGAAUUAAUCUCGCAAAUUAUUCAAUCAUUUGGUAAAAAAAAAUUUAGAAUUUGUGGGGGCUUGAACCUGAGCGACAAAAAAAAUCCUGGAAAUGAGCUUUCUUAGAUACUGACACGCUAACCACUACACUAUACUAUAUGGUUCAUGCCAGGUAGCGGUAUUUAAAUCGUGUUUGUAAUGUGACCCUUGAAUAACUGGACUUACAUGUAAAACAUUUCUCGGAAGGAUACGAAUUUUGAGUCAUAAAAGUGUAUUUUUAACGUAAAGUGGGUCUGUGCUCCAUGUUUCUUUGUGAAGCAAAAAAUAUAUAUUUUUAAACAUACUUUGAAGAUAUACUUUUUAAAAAAAAAAAAAAUCGAGCAAAGACCCUCUUAUAUAUAAUAUGAAGAAAUGAUCAGUUUUUCCCUCUCUGGUGUAUGCGUGCUAUUUCAUAGACUUGGAAAACCAAGCUAAUUUUAACAUUUGCGAGAUUUCUACCAAUUUUGGAGAUUUUACAGAACGUAUAUAUUAAUGUUGAGUGAAAUACAGAAAGAAAUUGCGUUAUAAUUGAGAUUUCAUUUUUCGCUUUCUUAUUUAUCGAACCAUGGGCAUUUUCUGUGCUUUUUUCGCCCAUCUUCUUUUCAUAGAGUGUAUAAAUAGGCUAGUAUGUUUGUAGUUUAUUCUUACAUGUAUAUAACAAUGUGUCUGAAAUAAUUUAUGCAAGAAUGAAAAUUGUCAAAAACUAAAAUACGAAUUAAUAACUGAAACGUAUUUGUAAAUGUAAGUUUGUAAAUUCUGCAAUUAAUUUUCGGAAUCAGUAAAAAUAUAUG